AUGGGGUGUGCCCCGGCGAUGUGGGCCGCGGUGUGGUUGCUUGCUGCCGCGGUGCCAGGGGUUGCCGAUCCCGGCGGCCUCCAGCGCGCGUUUCCAAUAGUGGAGCCAGACCAUGGGCAUACGAAACUCCGUCUCACAAAAGAAGGUUUGGAGGCAAUUGAAAGGAUCAGAACUCCAAUAGCUGCUGUCUCUGUUAUUGGUGCCUAUCGGUCUGGAAAAUCUUUUCUUCUCAACCAACUUCUCUCCCUAUCAUGUGACAAAGGUUUUGGAGUUGGACACAUGCGGGAUACCAAAACAAAAGGUAUAUGGGUAUGGGGUUCCCCUGUUGAGGUGGAUAUUGGUGGCUCCAAAGUGUCUGUCCUAUACAUGGACACUGAAGGAUUUGAGAGUGUUGGAAAAUCAAAUGUAUAUGAUGAUAGGAUAUUUGCUCUGGCAACUGUUUUAAGUUCUGUUCUGAUCUACAAUCUUCCUGAAACAAUUCGUGAAGCCGAUAUAUCGAGGCUUUCAUUUGCUGUCGAAAUUGCUGAAGAAUUCUAUGGAAGUAACUGGUUGAUGCUCUUGUUAGAAGGAAAAUCUGUUCAGCAGAUGGUUGAUGAAGCUCUCCUACGGGUACCUAACAACAAUGGAGACAAAAAUAUUGACGAGCUCAACCAAAUCAGAGACUCUUUGGCGGUUAUGGGAGAUAACAGUACAGCUUUUAGUUUACCACAGCCUCAUCUGCAAAGGACAAAGUUAUGUGAUAUGGAGGACCAAGAACUUGAUCCGUUGUAUGUAAAGAAGAGGGAUCAAUUGAAAGAAGUUGUUGCAUCCAUGAUAAAACCGAAAAUUGUGCAGGGUAGAACUCUGAAUGGAACAGAGUUUGUAUCCUUCCUAGGGCAGAUACUUGAGGCUUUGAAUAAAGGUGAAAUUCCAUCAACCGGGUCACUUGUUGAAAUUUUCAAUAAGGCCAUUCUUGAACGUUGCUUGAAGGUGUACAAUGAAAGAAUGGGCAGAGCAGGUCUACCAGUGUCAGUGGAUAAACUUCAGCAGUUCCAUGAUCUGGCAAAAGAUGAAGCUAGAAGGCUUUUUGACAAGCAGCAUUUGGGUAAACAUCAUGCUGCUCUGUCCAUCUUCAAGCUUGAUGAAGAAAUUAAAAGGUCUACAGAAACUUUGGUCAAGCUAAUGAGUACCGGUCAUCAAAGCUGUCUGAAGCAGCAGUUCUCAGAGUGUGAAGAUAAAAUGGAACAACUUCAAGUCUUGAAGCUUCCAUCCAUGGCAAAAUUUGAUGCCGGAUUUCUUCUCUGCAAUCAAAGUUUUGAAAUGGAUUGCGUGGGGCCAGCAAAGGAAAGCUAUCAACGCCGAAUGUCAAAGAUGCUGGCAAGGUCCCGAGCUCUUUUCAUCAAGGAGUACAACAACAAACUCUUCAACUGGCUGGUCAUAUUCUCCCUGGUCAUGGUUGUCAUUGGGCGCUUCUUGAUCAAGUUCUUCCUGCUUGAAGUCGCUGCGUGGGUGAUGUUUGCCUUCCUGGAGACAUAUACGAGGCUGUUCUGGUCAUCAGAGUCCCUGUACUACAACCCCGUCUGGCACAUGAUCGUCUCUUCGUGGGAAACCAUCGUCUACAGCCCUGUUCUUGAUCUUGACAGAUGGGCAUUCCCAAUCGGCGCUGUUCUGUUUUUUCUGGCGUUUUAUUGGCGUUGUCUUGGUGGAAGGAGAGGAAUUGCCCGGUCACUGCUACCUCUGUAUAACGGGUCUUACAGAAGCUCCAGUCGUACAAGAACAGACUGA